UCUAGUAUGCAGUGAGAUAUUGCAUAAUUAAUAACGAUGAGUAACACUGGCCCACCAAAAGUCCUUGAAGUUCUGAAAGAUAUAGUGAAAAGCGACAUUGAUAAUUUUGAGGUAAUUGUCCAUGAGGGGAAUAAGAAAGGCGAAGGAUUUUUGGGGGAGAUAGUAUUCAUCACCAUGAGAGAAAAAAAUUCUGACCAAAAUCUCAACUUUGCAGUGAAGCAGGCGUUUGACAAGAAAACUAUCAGAGAUGCACAUCAGAUUCGAAAAGUUUACUUGAACGAAAUAUACUUCUACACUGAAACCUGGCCCAUUUUGGAGCGAUUUCAAGAGAGAAUAUCACCAAAGUAUCGAUUCCAAAAGAUACCCAAGUGUUUUGCCACGGUCUCUGAAGAGUUUUCAGAAAAGCUAGUUCUAGAGAACUUGAAAUAUCAAGGCUUCGAGGUGUACGACAAGAAAAAACCCUUGGACAAGGAACACUUCGAACUUAUCUUCAAAGAGUACGGCAAGUUUCAUGCAGUGUCAUUCGCUUAUAAGGCUUUGCACCCUGAUAGUUACGCACGGUUGGUCUCAGGAACAACCAAUUUGUUUUUAAGUAUGGCUACUAGGGACUACUUUGAGAAAGGCAACAUAUAUACUCAUGAAACUUGCUUGAAGGGUUUAGUGCCUGGAACUGACGAUGCUGUUAUCGAAAGGUACAAACUAUAUCCUGAAAUAUGUAACAAAUUAUUCUUGGAAAGUGUCGAUUGUGCAACAAAAUAUGCUGUUAUCGUGCACGGGGAUUGUUGGAGUAACAAUAUGAUGUUUAAAUAUGAUGAGACCAGAAAAGUGACAGACGUAAGAUUCCUGGAUUUUCAAAUGUCAACCGAGGGCUCGCCCUGUUGUGAUCUAUCAUAUUGUAUAUAUUCAGGAGCACCAAAGGAAGUACUGAAUAAUUUGGAUUACUACCUUCAAGGGUACCACGAUAUCCUUUCGGAAACCCUUAGACAAUUCGAAUGCGACUCAAAUAAAAUAUAUCCGCUUCGUGAACUGAAGGCUGACUGGAAACGGUAUUGUAAAAUGGGAUUUACUAUGGCUUUGUUCAUUUGGAGGCUAAAAACGACAUACGAAGGUGAAAUUAAAGAUCUCAAUGACAUGAUCGAGUUAGGCGAGGAAGAGCUUAAGUCGUCUGGGUACGAUGAGGAGGAGUAUAAAAGGAUUACAAGGGAUCUAAUUCUGCAUAUGCAUGAAAAUGGUUUUUUGUAA